CUCUCUCUCUCUCUCUCUCUCUCUCUCUCUCUCUCUCUCUCUCUCUCUCUCUCUCUCUCUCUCUCCGUCUCUCUCUCUCUCUCUCUCUCUCUCUCUCUCUCUCUGUCUCUCUCUGUCUCUCUCUCUCUCUCUCUCUCUCUCUGUCUCUCUCUCUCUCUCUCUCUCUCUCUGUCUCUCUCUCUCUCUCUCUCUCUCUCUCUCUCUCUCUCUCUCUCUCUCGCUCUCUCUCUCUCUCUCUGCAUGUUGUAGAUGAUGGGGGACGACUGAUAGAGAGGUGGUUGGUUGGUGGUCAGAAAGAGGGAUAAUCAGCACAUAGGAAGUGAGCAGGGUGUCUCAUGGUUAGUUGUGUGCGUUGUGUGUGUUGUGUGUGUUUGUAGUUCCACAACCUCCAUGAGAUGAGGCACAGUGCGGCGCUGGCCAACAAGGUGUUCAUCCAGAGGGACUACAGCCAAGGCACCGCCUGCCGCUUCCAGACCAAGUUCCCCUUGGAGCUCAACAGCAGGAUGGAGCAGGCCUUGUUCGCGGAGACGGUGAAGACGCUGAACUCGUACUACGCUGAGGCCGAGAAGGUGGGAGGCCAGUCCUACCUGGAGGGCUGUCUGGCGUGCGCCACGGCCUACAUCAUCUUCCUGUGCCUGGAGACGCGCUACGAGAAGGUGCUGAAGAAGAUCUCGGGGUACAUCCAGGAGCAGAAUGAGAAGGUCUACGCCCCGAGGGGUCUCCUGCUCACGGACCCCAUAGAGAGGGGGACGAGAGUGAUAGAGAUCAGUGUGUUCGAGGACCACUGCUCCGGCAGCUCCAGCCCCAGCAGCAGCUGUAACGCCAGCGGCGGCAGCAGCAGCAGCGCGUCGUCAGGGGACCGCGGCUCCCGGUGACUGGAGGCCCAGCACCAGGGCUACGGGUUCCACCGCCGGGACAGCGGCGCGCUCAACAACAUCCGCACGCUGAAGCAUGAGAGCACCCGCUUCUGAGAGGGGGGGCAGACGGGGGGCGGCGGGGAGGGCAGAGGCCGGGCUCGCAUCCGCUACGCUGAGUCUGUGUGGCGGACCACCACCACCACCUC